ACUUUGGAUCUCUCUGAGUCUAAAUGAUCUAAUUUUGACUUCCACGUCUUCUGCUCUUCAUAACGUUUUAUUCUUGUUACUCUUGUAGGGACCUGAAGUUUUCAAAAUGGACAGUUUCCUGCCAACAAGAGGGUACAGCCCGCGCUGGGCCUGACGCUAGUUUGCCAGACAGAUCCUAAGCAUGUUUACAUUUAACAAGCUGUGAUGAGUAAGGGAGACACCAGAAGAGAGCUCUGCAUGAAAACCGAACUCUUGAAAGAUAUCACCAACAACAAGGAGGAAGGAUUUAAUGCUAUGGCAGCACAUGAAAGUGCCAUAGAGAAGCAAGUUGGGGAACCCAGAAUGGCUCCGGAUAGUGAAACCAAUGGCUCCUUUGAUUGCAGUGAACCCAAGAGCCAUGCCAACGCAGCUAAGAACACUCAGGACAAUGCUAAAUUGAGCCAAGGGGACUCGAUGGCUAAGUUAAAUAGGAUCGCAGAAAACGGCAUUUCUGAGAGGGACGGCGACACUGGAAAGCAGAACCACAUAAAAGCAAACGAUUUCACACAGACUUCCGUCACGGGGAGCAAUGGAUACAUUUUACCGAAGCAGAUGGCCCAGGAGCUGCCUGUAAGGACUACCAGCAGCGCUUUUGCUUCCCUCACUGGCCACGCGGCCAAAACACUCCCUGCAGGAGGAAGCAAAGGGAGAACGCUGGGCACCUUUUCCCAGGCGCAGGUCGCUGCAGCAACUAAACUCGGGGAGGGCGGUAAAGACGGUGAAGCUAAGAAAUCAGCCGCGGCACAUGCCAACAUCAAGGUCCACCGAGCUCGCAAGACGAUGCCCAAGUCUCCCUCGAGCCUGCAUACAACUAAAGACCCCAAAGAAGCAAAGGCACCUAAGGAAGAUGGCAGCAAAGGUUUUUCGGAAUUUGGAAGGCCCCCGUCCUCACUCCCUGUCCCUGGCCUUCAUUCAUCUCUACCUCAGAACCAGAGCUAUGUGGCCGCCUCAAAAUCACAGACAGCUGCUUCAGUGUCUCGGAAGAAAAAACGAAGAAUGGGAACGUACAGCCUGGUACCCAAGAAAAAGACCAAAGUUUUGAAGCAGAGGACUGUGAUUGAGAUGUUCAAGACCAUCAGUCAUUCCUCUUCAGGUGGCAAGUGCAUUCAGGGCGAAAAGGGUGAUGCCAGCCCUCACGUGAACGGGGAAAGAUUAGAGAUGGAUUCCGAAGACGAGGACUCCGACGACCUGGAAGAAGAAGAUGAGCAGUCCACUGCCUUUCCCGCAGAGGACCACAGAACCGCUAAGGAGGAGAUUGCUGAUGCCAACGAUGUCAGAAAGAUCAUUGACGGGGAGUCUGAGGAUGAACAAGACUCUGGAGAGUCCGCGGAAGAAGAAGAGGACGGUGAUGAGUCCGACUUGAGUUCAGAAUCCAGCCUCAAGAAGAAGAUCAUGAAGAGGAAAGGGAAGACAGACAGCCCCUGGUUGAAACCCACCCGGAAGAGGCGGCGGAGGAGUAAAAAGAAACAAGCCAGUGCAUUAGGUUCUGAAGCCUAUAAGCAACCUUUGGGCAGUGGAGAAGGAGCCAGGCAGGAGAAUAGCAUGGAAUACAUGGAAGUCUCUCUGGAUUCCUUGGAUCUUCGAGUGAAGGGAAUUCUAUCUUCGCAAUCAGAAGGUCUUUCCAAUGGCCCUGGAGCAAUGGAAGAAGCAGACAGCCUUCAGGAAGUGCCUCUCUGCAGCUGUCGGAUGGAAACGCCCAAAAGCCGAGAGAUCACUACGUUAGCCAACAACCAAUGCAUGGCAACAGAGAGCGUGGACAAGGAGCUGAGCCGAUGCACAAACCGUGUACUGAAGUACGAGCUGAUGCGUCCAUCUAACAAAGUCCAGCUUUUGGUGCUGUGUGAGGACCACAGAGGGAGGAUGGUGAAACAUCAAUGCUGCCCAGGCUGUGGCUUCUUUUGCGCAGCGGGCACGUUUAUGGAGUGCCAGCCGGAAAGUAGCAUCUCGCACCGGUUCCACCAGGACUGUGCUUCCCAAGUCAAAGGCACGAGCUACUGCCCACACUGCGGGGAGGAGGCCUCCAAGGCCAAAGAAGUGACUGUAGCAAAGGCCGACACGACCUCCACGCUUUCGUUGACCUUCGAGCAGAAGAAGCUGGGCGCCUUGGAAGGAAGGGCAGACACGACAACAGGAAGUGGGACUGGAACACAGCCGUCUGAAGAAGGCAGAUCUGAGAGUUCUUCUGCGGAGGGGUUUGACUUAGCUGGGACAUCUGCCUUUCCGAAACCUGCCCCAACUGGUUUGUCUCAGGGACCAGUUAAAGAAACCUUGGAAAGCGCCUUGAUUGCCCUGGAUUCAGAAAAACCCAAGAAGUUACGGUUUCACUCCAAGCAGCUGUACUUCUCUGCAAGGCAAGGGGAGCUCCAGAAAGUCCUUCUUAUGUUGGUGGAUGGGAUUGAUCCCAACUUCAAAACAGAGCACCAGAGUAAGAGAACCCCACUUCAUGCAGCAGCAGAAUUGGGACAUGUUGACAUUUGCCACAUGCUGAUUCAGGCUGGUGCGAAUAUAGACAACUGCUCUCAGGACCAGAGAACCCCCCUUAUGGAAGCAGCGGAGAAUAACCAUCUGGAGACUGUGAAAUACCUUAUCAAGGCUGGAGCGUUAGUAGAUCCCAAGGAUGCGGAAGGGUCGACGUGUUUGCACCUGGCAGCAAAGAAGGGCCAUUAUGAGGUGGUGCAGUAUCUCCUGUCCAAUGAGCAGAUGGAUGUCAACUGCCAGGACGACGGAGGCUGGACACCAAUGAUAUGGGCUACUGAGUACAAGCACGUUGAACUGGUGAAGCUGCUGUUGGCCAAAGGGUCUGACAUCAACAUCCGGGACAACGAGGAGAACAUUUGUUUACACUGGGCUGCUUUUUCGGGGUGCGUCGACAUCGCGGAGAUUUUGCUAGCGGCGAAGUGCGACCUGCACGCGGUGAACAUUCACGGAGAUUCCCCCUUGCACAUUGCAGCUCGAGAGAACCGCUAUGAAUGUGUGGUCCUCUUUCUCUCCCGAGGCUCAGAUGUCACCUUGAAGAACAAGGAGGGAGAGACUCCCCUGCAAUGUUCCAGUCUCAACUCUCAAGUCUGGGUUGCUCUGCAAAUGAACAAGACCCUCAAAGAGUCGACUCCCGACAAACCUGUCCACGCGGAGAAGAUCCUGAGCAGAGAUAUCGCCCGGGGUUAUGAACGGAUCCCAAUUCCAUGCCUCAAUUCCGUAGACAACGAGCCCUGCCCGAGCAACUACAAAUACGUGUCCCAGAACUGCGUGACUUCCCCUAUGAACAUCGACAGAAACAUCACUCAUUUGCAGUACUGUGUGUGCAUCGACGACUGCUCCUCCAGCAAGUGCAUGUGCGGACAGCUGAGUAUGCGCUGCUGGUAUGACAGGGACGGACGGCUUCUGCCAGAAUUCAACACGGCUGAGCCCCCUUUGAUCUUUGAGUGUAACCACGCCUGCUCAUGUUGGAGGACUUGCCGGAACCGUGUGGUGCAGAAUGGGCUCCGGGCUCGGUUACAGCUUUUUCGCACACGGAAGAUGGGCUGGGGCGUGCGGACGAUGCAAGACAUCCCGUUGGGAACCUUCGUUUGCGAGUAUGUUGGAGAGUUGAUCUCUGAUUCGGAGGCAAAUGUACGUGAAGAAGACUGCUAUCUUUUUGACCUUGGCAACAAGGACAGAGAUGUGUACUGCAUAGACGCCCGCUUCUACGGCAACAUCAGCCGCUUCAUCAACCAUUUCUGUGAGCCGAAUCUCAUCGCCGUACGAGUGUUCAUGUCCCACCAGGACCUCCGCUUCCCCAGAAUUGCCUUCUUCAGCAGCAGGCACAUCCAAGCAGGGGAAGAGAUCGGGUUUGACUACGGCGAGAGGUUCUGGGACAUCAAGGGCAAGUACUUCAGCUGCCUCUGCAGCUCCUCCAAGUGCAGGCACUCUAGCGCAGCCCUGGCUCAACGGCAGGCCACCACGUCGCCAUCCCAGGAGGCCCCGGAGAGCAGACUCCCCGACACGAGCUCUGCAGCGGCGGUGGCCGUCACCCCCUUUUGAGGGCGUCCUCGGCUUCCCUUCACGCCCCCUCCCUCCUUCGGAAUCCACAGAUUUUGUUUUCUCUUUUCAAGAAAGGAAACCCACCAGCUUCGCGGCACCCUGGCCUGCGGGGGCGGCCGUGCCCGUUACUGGAAGAAUGAACGGAAAACUCGCGUCGUCUUGUCACCCCCAGCCCAGCCGGUCACCACACGCGCAACCUACCAGGACGCAGCCGGCCCCACAGCACAAGUUCAGGGGGCCCCCCCUUGCUCCUGUCGUUCCCCGCUAAAUGACCCCUACGGCCUCUCUGAACCGGAUACGUGUUCUCUGAGCCAAGGGCAAGGGGUGUUUCUCCCAAACACACACCCCUGUUUGGAAGGAUGGAAAUUGAACGGAGGGCUCACGUCACGUCUCUCUACUUCAGUCGUAACUCUGGAUGAAGCCCGUUGGUUCUCAAGGCCAAAAGCCCUUUUGGCACAGGCUUGACUUGCAACUGGAUCCCUAUUUUCCUUUUUCUUCCUUGCUCGAAACGGGGUCGUCUUUCGAGCAGGGGCCCGCUAGAGACUUAAUCCAGUGAGUUGCUACUUCCUUCCCCGCCUCUUAAUUUGUCCAAGCCUGGCAAGAUGUGCUGCCAAGUCCUAUCAGGACUUCUCCGUUACAGACUGGCUCGUGGGCACGUUUCCCCCCCCUCCCCCUAAUGUUUUUGCCCCCCCCCCCCACCUGUGGAUAUAUUUCCCUCUUCCAUCAUGCUAGGAACCUAAUAGGAACACGUCUUACAUGACACUAACUCCUAAAAAGAAAGCAAAGAGGCUUUGAGUUGCUGUUUUUCAUUCAGAAAACUGGCGUUUAUAGAGACCCUGUUCUGGGCAUUUCUUAAGCAGACACUCAAAAUUGAGAACAUGGUGUGAAGAGAAGUGCCAUCUCCACUUUCCAGGUCUGUUCCUUUCCUCCCUCCUUUUAAGCUCUGCGUUACGAGGUUGAAGUUGGAUUGAACUGAUCAUUACUUUAUACCGUCGGGGGCUGAACACGAAAGCCCCCCACCCCA